AAGUACAGAGCAACAAAAUGCCUCUCCAGGUAGGAAUCGCAAAGAGAACAGUUACAACUGAAAACGUGGGUAGACGGGACAGAAUUCCAAUCGGGUCAGCUAAACAGAUGACACCCCAACUCAUGAUGGCUGUAGGCACAGCGGUGAUUGGAUCUCUCCAGUUCGGUUACAACACCGGUGUCAUCAAUGCCCCUCAAAAAAUCAUUGAAAAUUUCUACAAUAACACAUGGACUAGCAGGUUUUCGGAGCCCAUCCCUCAGAACGCCCUCACAGCUCUGUGGUCCAUCUCUGUGGCAAUUUUCACUGUGGGUGGAAUGAUAGGUUCCUUCUCGGUGAGCUUCUUUGUCAACCGCUUUGGCAGGAGGAACUCCAUGCUCAUGGCCAACGUGCUCGCUGUUAUUGCUGCUCUGUUAAUGGGCUUCUCCAAGCUGGCAUCUUCAUGGGAGCUACUCAUCACUGGGCGCUUCAUUGUUGGCUUAUAUUCCGGACUGUCUACUGGAUUUGUGCCCAUGUAUGUUGAGGAAAUCUCCCCUACGUCUAUCCGCGGCGCAAUGGGCACUCUGCAUCAGCUGGGUAUUGUCAUUGGCAUCCUUUUGGCACAGAUUUUGGGGAUUGAAUCCAUCAUGGGGAACGGCUCCCUCUGGCCUCUGUUGUUGGGUUUCACUCUUCUACCUGCCAUUGUGCAGUCUGUCCUGCUACCCUUCUGCCCAAAGAGCCCACGAUAUCUUCUCAUCAACUGCAAUGAGGAGAGCAAAGCCACUAAUGUAUUAGUGAAGCUACGUGGCAGCGCCAACGUGAGCGAGGACAUGGCGGAGAUGAAGGAGGAGAGUCGCAAGAUGAUGGCGGAGAAAAGAGUCACCAUCAUAGAGCUCUUGCGCUCUCCAAUCUAUCGCCAGCCUCUACUUGUUGCUGUGAUGUUGCAGCUUUCACAGCAACUUUCUGGCAUCAACGCUGUGUUCUACUAUUCUACUGGAAUCUUUGAAAAAGCUGGUGUGUCUGAGCCUGUGUAUGCAACCAUAGGAGCAGGAGCAGUAAACACGGCAUUCACUGUCGUUUCUUUGUUUGUGGUGGAGCGAAUGGGCAGAAGACCACUGCACCUGACUGGUUUAAUGGGAAUGGCAAUUUCUGCAGUUGUUCUAACCGUUGCUAUGAAGUUGUUGGAUCAACACAACUGGAUGUCCUACGUGAGCAUUGUGUCCAUAUUUAUCUUUGUAGCCUUUUUUGAAAUUGGUCCGGGCCCCAUCCCUUGGUUCAUUUCGGCGGAGCUCUUCAGUCAAGGGCCCCGGCCUGCUGCCAUCGCAGUUGCUGGCUUCUCCAAUUGGUCUGCCAAUUUUUUAGUUGGCAUGUGCUUUCCGUAUGUUGAGCAACUUUGCGGCGCUUUUGUCUUCAUCAUAUUCACCGUUUUCCUGCUGGGCUUCUUUGUUUUCACCUACUUCAUGGUGCCCGAAACCAAGGGACGUAGUUUUGAUGAGAUUUCCGCUGGCUUUCGAAAGGCGGCCGCAGGUGGUGAUAGAUACUCAGCCUCUGAGGAAUUCAACACACUCAGGGGGGAUGAUCCUGAUCUUUGAAAGAAUACACAUUUUAAUCCCAAUUCAUGACGGUUUUUGGGGUUAAAUUCCUACAAUGAUUGUUUCUUUUUCUUUUUUAAGUCCACAGAAUGUUUAACUGGAUUGAUUCAGAUGUCCCGUUAUCUGUUUUGGUGCUAAAAAUGAAAAGGUCGCACACGACUAAUGUAUCAACCAUCACAAAAAUGCAUUGUUUUAUGACAUUCCAAUGAAAAUAAACAUACUGAUAUAAAGACAGGCUUUGGGAUAGUGAAAAAUUCUUUUGUCCAGUAGUACACACAUGAUAGAUUAUCAUUGCAAUAAACUGUGAACUCAAGAUAAUGCUCAAUAUAUGGUCUGAAAUUUGAAUAUUAAAGGAGCCAUAUGCAAGAACUGCACUUCAACUAUUCAUUAAGUGGCCCUACAGUUUCAAUAGACAUUAAAGAAACAUGUUAAUUGGAAAUACUUCUACAACAGAGUUCUCAAUGGCUAAAUGGCGAUUUUCCUAUUUUAAAAGUGGAUACUCGGCCCAUUUUAGGUAUUAUGCGUCUAUUUAGAAUGGAUGUCCCAAUCAGCCAAUUACAGAAUCAGUUUUGUGUCUUCGUCCAGGUUGCCAGAGCUCAGUACAGUCUGAAUUAACGAUGCCGUCUACCACUUGAGCCCCCCAAAAAAAACUAGGCUCAAAUGGGUCAUGACAAAGUCAGAAACAAGGCAAGGAUAUACAGUGGGGCAAAUAAGUAGUCAACCACCAAUUGUGCAAGUUCUCCUACUUGAAAAGAUUAGAGAGGCCUGUAAUUGUCAACAUGGGUAAACCUCAACUAUGAGAGACAGAAUGUGGAAAAAAAAACAGAACAUCACAUUGUUUGAUUUUUAAAGAAUUUAUUUCCAAAUUAGAGUGGAAAAUAAGUAUUUGGUCACCCUACAAACAAGCAAGAUUUUUGGCUGUCAAAGAGGUCUAACUUCUUCUAACGAGGCUGCAUUCGUUACCUGUAUUAAUGGCACCUGUUUUAACUCAUUAUCGGUACAAAAGACACCUGUCCACAAACUCAGUCACACUCAAUUAAUAGAAAAUGGAAGACAUAAAAGACCACUGAUAAUCCACCUGGAUCUGGGGCUCCAUGGAAGAUCUCACCCCAUGGUGUCAAAAUGAUCACAAGAACGGUGAGCAAAAAUUCCAGAACCACACGGGGGGACCUAGUGAAUGACCUACAGAGAGCUGGGACCACAGUAACAAAGGCACACAAUGCGCCGCC